CCCGUAGUAGUUCUUCCACCUUCAUGACUACAUAGGACAUUUCCUUUGGAACUUAAAUCGCAAGACUUCUCAAAUCGCGUGCAAGUUAUCUCAGAACCUUGAAACUAGUAGCUACCGCUAUGGACACAAAUGUCUCCUCCACUCAGUCAACUGAUUCGGACACUGCGAUGGAGCUCAGGGACUUCAUUGCAAAGUUGAUGCAAAGUUCCGACCUCGAAUCCGUUGCUUCUGAGAUCGACGUUCUUCAGUCCAUAUACGGAGACCAUGCUAUUCACCUAUACCGUUCAUCGCCCGGAAGCCCUAGAAGCGGCAUUCCCAAUCACUCAUCUAGCAGUGCUUUAGGCGCCAUCCGUUACGAAAUUUCGCUCAAUCUACCAUCCCACGAAGAUAUUUCCAUACGUAUACUGGUCUCAAUUCCCCCAACAUAUCCCGCCUCAAACCCGCCUCAACUCCAGCUCCUCUCUCGUUAUAUCGGCGCUUUUGGUGUCGACUCCUCGCUUUUUGGUUCUAUACUGCGCACAUUCAUAUCUGUUUCGGGAGUGGAAUGGACGCCGGAAAGCGUCUGCGUUUUUGACGGACUACAAAAUGUGCUGGAGCGGUGCGAAGCAUGGUAUGAAGAUAAACUAAACAGGGAGACAGCUGGAGAAUUACUCAGAGAGGAUGCACAUACCCACAACCAUGUCUCGGUCGAACCCGACGAGCCUUUUGCAUCAUCAACUGCUGACGAAAAGGAUCGAGUACCUCUCGACACUGCUUUACCGGAAGGUAUUAAAAUCGUCGAAGCGGAACCUAUUGUGGACAGAAAAAGUGUUUUUAUUGGCCGUGCAUGUCGAAUAUCUGAUCCCUCGCAGGUACCACUCAUUUUGAAUAAUCUGAUGUCGGAACGCCAUGUUUCCCGCGCUGCUCACCCAAUUAUCAAUGCCUGGCGUUGCCAGGUGGGUAGUGUGCUUCACCAGGAUAAUGAUGACGAUGGGGAAACUGCAGCAGGUAGUCGAUUGGCCCACUUGCUUUCCAUCUUGGAAAUCAAUAACGUCCUCGUUGUUGUGACCCGGUGGUUUGGUGGAAUACAUCUAGGUCCUGAUCGUUUCAAACAUAUCAAUCAUGCUGCACGCAAUGCACUAGAGCUAGGCGGCUUCUUAGAACAAACGGAUGAAUCAAGGAGUGGUGGGCGAAACGCAGGAAAGGGGCGGAAACGAUAACACAAUUGUACUUAUUCUGGAUACCGCUAUACUGGGCACCUUUAUCACGUUUUUAUCGACAUUUGAAUCAAGUACAGGGAAAGACGACGGUUUCAUUUAUCAGGUUCCCAGAUGAAUGUUCACUAAUUCAUAACUCCACCGCCUCGUCUAAUGGCCUACUUCGUCAAAGGAUUCUUUUGUUGGGUUCAUCGGAUAGCCACCUUUCAAUCACACACGAAUAGUAC